AUGGCCCCUACAACAACCGAUGCUUCCACCGCACAGAAAAUGACAAACGGAGGCGUCGAUAAUUCUGGUCGCACUCGCGACUAUAGCACCCUCUCCAAUGCGGACGUCAUUUGUGCCCACUUCAUGGACCUGGAUUUGGAGGUCGAUUUCGCGAAAAAAUCCAUUUUCGGUAACGUUACGUACUCAUUGUCAGCAGAAAAGUGGAGAAAAGCUCAAGGAGGUGGUUCGCAAUUACCAUUAUGCAUGGGGUUUAGUAUAGGAUAAUUGGCCAUUAGUAUGGAAUUAUUGAAAAUUUUGUUCUUAUUUAUGAUUCUCCUAGUUAGGUCGGCUCUACCAAUAUUAUGCAUGGGGUUUAGUACAACAUAGAUAUACAUAGUAAGAAAGUUGACCUGUUGUUGUUCUCCAAGCAGAGCAGGUGAUCUAUGAAGAGUUUGAUGUUAGCCUUUUGCUUUUCAAGGAGGAAUAACAACUUUAGAGAGUAGAAGAUAGAUCGAUAUGCCACGUCCAUGUAUCGGUCAACUUGCGCUCUUCUUCGCUAAUACCACAGUACGUCUUAGACACGAACGGUGGCCUAAGCGUGUCCGCAGUCGAAGCGGCUUUUGUAUCGGCAGACGUGAGGUCAUCUUCAGUGUCAACGUUCGGUCCCGUGCCUUGGAAGCUGCUGCCGUCGCCACAUGCAGUUUUCGGCAGAUCAUUGCACAUUUCCCUGUCCGAAGAACUGGAAGAGCAGGUAGUUGCGGGAGGGGAGGGGAGUGUGGCACCAAUUUUAAGGCUUGACAGUAUGAUGUUGAUGUUGAGUAAAUGUUGUAUGUUCAGUUCUCUUAGUCUCUGUUGAUUUUUACCUCAAAAUCAAAAAUCAAUCACCUUCUUACUUGCUUAGGGUAAUCAAGAACGACUCUAAUCUCUGCCGGUGACGUCGUUCUCGUCCGCAUUACCUACGCCACAUCGUCCGAAGCCAUGGCCUGUCAAUGGGUUUCUCCGGAAUCAACUAGUGGCAAAAAAUACCCUUACCUCUUCACUCAAUGCCAAGCAAUACACGCACGCAGUCUUCUGCCAUGCCAAGACUGCCCGAGCGCCAAAUGCGCUUACCGCGCCAAAAUCCGAGCACCUUCGUGGAGUCAGACCCUGAUGAGUGCGGUUUUAGUCGAAACAAAAACACUCGAAAAUGCUGAAUUAUCCAAAAAGGAAUUCACCUUCGCCCAAAAGGUGCCAGUACCAUCAUACUUGAUUGCGAUAGUGUGUGGAGACAUUGUAUCUUAAGGCUCAGUGCUGGUUGUACGAUUCAUUUCUAAUAUUAAAGUCAUAAUUCCUUCCUGUUUCCCUCUUAGGAAUAGGAUUGGAAGAAUAAAUGCACAUGCAGGGAAGGAGUGAAUUGCUUUGUAAACUCUAAGUCUCGAGUAAAAUCUCUGACAGAGUAGACGUGUGGUCCGAACCGAAGGAUAUUGAGAAGGUAGCCUACGAGUUCGCUGAGACGGAAGAGUUUCUGCAAAUAGCGGAGGACAUUACAGGUAUUGUGUUUGAUGUUGACCUUGUUGCUUGUGAUAUCUUUGCGGAGGACAUUACAGCUAUUGAUGUGUUUGUUGAGACCUUGUUGCUUGUGAUAUCUUUGCGGUGCACGUAAAAAUUCCUGUUUAGGAAGAACUAUUUCAAGUCCAUGCAGCUCAUCAAUCCAACAAAAAACCAUUACCACAACUGCCCCUCCGCUCACCACCCUAACAAUUGCUUAACACCACCCCGUCCUCAGGUCUCCCUUAUCAAUGGGGUCGCUACGAUGUUCUUUCUCUGCCACCUAGUUUUCCCUAUGGUGGCAUGGAGAACCCGUGUUUGA